AUGCGCCAAACGCUUCGUCGGUCGUGUGCUGCAUGUGCCAAAUCCAAACAUAGUUGCGACCUCCGCAUACCGCGCUGCUCUCGUUGUAUUAAGCGCCAAGUCCAAUGCGUGUAUGCGAAUGAGCCUUGGACGGCGCCGGCAGCUCCCGGGCGGGACGAUGGCGGAUCACUAACACCCCUCGAAGGACCCGGCACUUUAACCAGCUACAGGUUUGGCUCUCUCGAUCCAUUCGACUCGUAUCCUCAGACACGACUUCCUCGAGAACGAGUUCAACGCCUCAUCCAUAGCUUUGUCCACAAGAUCGCUUUCCAAUAUUACCCUCUAGACCUGAGCCCAACCUCGAAUCCGUUUCUCAUCUCGUGGUGGCCACUGGCUUUGGGUGACCCGGCAUUAUUUCACGUCUCGCUGCAGACAGCAUGUCUUGACGAAGAGUUGUUGGCCCAGAGGGGCUUCCAAGCUUCCGAAAUUCUCAUGGCUGACUCAGUGUCGUUACUCCGGCGCAAAGUUGAGGAUACAUCUCUUGCUGUACAAGAUGGAACGAUGAACUCAGUCAUUACCUUAGCAGCUAUCGAAUUCGGUAAAGGCAAUAUUGACGUUAGCGAAAUGCAUGUUAAUGGAGUGAAAAAGCUCGUAAGCAUGAGAGGUGGGAUCAAUUCAGUACGGCAGACAAGCCCACUUACUGCGAGAAUGAUUAGCUGGGUAUCGAUGAUUGUCAAGGGUCACCCUCAGUUUGAGACCCAAGAUGACGCCGGCAUUGGAGACGGCAUACCUCCAAUUCCAGAGUGGCAGUUAGACUUGGGCACCCCUCAUGAUAAUUUGCCCGAGUUCAGCAGUAUGGAUAUCGACUUUGCAGUCUGGAAUGUCUUCAUCCGUCUCCGCAACGCCUUCCAGAUCGCGCAACAGAUUCCCUUUCCGCCAGCACGACUUCAUGACCUCACAUGCUUUGUCAUACAUAGGCUUUUACUCUCAGCGUCAAUUACAGAAGACUCGGAAUCGUCGCCCAUCACUGAAUGCAUUCGCUACGGAAUCGUACUCUAUAUGUUUAUCACCCAGGGGCCAACUUAUUACUCGCAUGCCGUCAUACUAAACACCAUUGUUAAUCGAUUCAUGGAACAUCUCAAGCAGCUCGAAUCGACACCGCGUAUUUAUGAUUCACUUAAUGUCUGGUGUCUGGCAAUUGGAAUGACAGCCUCGACCGGCACACCACAAUAUCACUGGUUUAUGAGGAGGGCACGCACCGUGGCUACUUCUCUGCAGCUGAAUAAUUGGAGCGACGCUCUCGCCCGCAUCAAGAGCGUCCUCUGGUUGGAGACAUUGCAAGGCGAAGAUAUAUUUCGGCCCCACUGGGACGCUAUUACCAAUCCGGCAGAGCAGCCAGAGCCCCCAGGCUUCACGGUCUGCAUUACACCUGGCAAUAAUGCUGCAGAAUACCUAUGGAAUCCAAUCUCUCCUGCCAGUUUGAUACCACCAUCAAUGCAGAUGGAAAGCACUGAGACAUGA